GUGCUAAUUUCCCCGGCCGGACGUGCACUUUGUCAUUCAAGACGAUAGCCAAGCGAAAUUAAACGUCUAACAGAGUUAUAGGUGGGCAAUUUUCAAGGAAAAUGUCUUCCUUAUAUUCACGGCUACCCAAGUUAUUACGCUGCGUAACUCGACGAGGAUUUCUAUCGCAAACGAGGUACAUUUUCGCACUCAAAGACGCGCGUGAGGAAAUAUGGUUCCGAAAACAAGGUGGGUUGAAAUAAUGUCCUUUUUGCGUUCUUUUUUUCUUACUGAUGCGAAUUGUGGGUUUAUUUCCAGUAUGAAAUUCGAUAAAAACGAUCAAGUGAGCUAUGGUUGACUAAAAUCUUAAAUAAUAAGCAAAGCUCAAGCUGAAGCCUGCUUUUUAUAUUAUGUGCUAUAAAUAAUAGUCUUAUGUAUUUUGACAUCAGUUUUCUAUUUCUUCCCUCAGAUCGAAGUUAUUAUACAUAUUCUUCUGAGCCGUUUCAUCCACUUCCCGGUAGAACUCCAGCUUGGAAAUCACCUUAUGAAGCUAUGGAAGUUAUCCAAUCAGGUCACUAAUUAUAUUUUUGAACAAGCUACAGCAGGUCUAGUUUCCAUUUUAGUGAUGCGAAGUUUGCAGCGAAUCUUAUCACGAUCAUUUGAAAGCAUUAAUUUUCUUAACGCUAGCUAGAGCAGUGUGGUAAAAAUAUAACUGACAGGUCAUAGGAUCAUUAUUUCGUAAAAUUCUAAAACAUAUUAAUUUACCUGUGUUAAACCUGCGCUCUGCCAGUGUUUUGUGAAAGGACUGGGGUGGGGUGGGGGCAUUAUGGCUAGGGCUAGGGCUAGGCUUGGGGUCAGGCAUAGUGGGUAAACCCCAAAUAAUACAAGCUUUCACUCUAUAACAGUGUGAGAAAUCAGUUUGUGUCUGUACAGUGAGGAGAGUUGGUUGUAGACUUGAUGUAUUCAAAAUGUUGAUUAUAUUUAAUAGAUAUUAGCAUGUUGUAAAUUUUUGAAUUAUUAUUAUUAUUAUUAUUAUUAUUAUUAUUAUUAUUAUUAUUAUUAUUAUUAUUAGAUUGAUAGUGUUAGUUAGUGGCAUUAGAGUAAAAGUAGAUUUAUGGAAAUUUAUGAUGUGUAGCACUUUUUGUUGGAAUUAAUUCAAUUCAAGGCCAACAAUAAAAAAAAUAAAUAAAUAAAUGAAUAAAAUUGUUAAAAGUUUCAGAUGAAACAUUAAUGAAAUGGAAACAGCAAAUUAAAGGAAAUUUUUGUAACCUCUGACAAUUUUUUUGGGAGAUAUCUUCCAGUUUUCAAUCGGUCUGGCUAAAUCCCUACAGAUCCCUUUAACCAAAUCGCCCUUGCGACUUUUGCUGAAAAACGCGUUUUAAAGCUAAUCAAGCAAUUUUCAGGUUGUACGCUUUUUAGCCUUUCGAUUCAGAAGCAAAACAUUAGCUUUCGAAGCUCAGGAAUACACAGAAAGCAAAAUUUCAAAAUAGUUUUUAGGUUUAAAAGUGUCUCAGCAGUCUUUACUUUUUCUUUUCAUUUUUUCUUUCACUUUUCUUGCCUCAUUUGUUUUUCUUUUGCUGGGCAUUUAGUAGGCUUCACUUUUGGUUAAAAGGUUUUGGGAGAGCUUUUAGAAUCUUAGGAUUAGGUGAAAGGAAAAGGUGGGUAUAGAGGAACAACUUAGAUUUUCACGGAAAGUUUCAGAUCAAUGUUUUUUGCCUUUUUCUCUGGCCUCCUAGACUGAGUCGUGCUUAUUCUGGUAUGGUUUGAAAGAUCUCUUCACCCUGCACAAGUUAACGGACAAAGUUGUCCCUAAUUGUUAAAGUCACAAAUGGUAGAAGGGAUGUGGAUCCACACGGGUGGUUACAGGCAAUUCAGGGGCGAAUGGGUUAAUACUGAAACCUGCUUGCAUGUACUUACUUUGAUGGAUCGAAGUUAUUGUGCAAGUACCUUAUAAGUAUGAAAAAGCACUUUCUAUGUCUUUUAAAAAAUUAAUGUUAUAUCUUAUCACAUUUCUCUCUUUAGGAAUGAAAGUAUUCGUCCAUGGAGGUGCUGCUACUCCUCUUCCAUUACUUGAUGCUUUGGCUAAGAGAGGGCAAGAAGCCCAGUUAAAGAAUGUAGAACUGAUCCAUAUCCACACAGAGGCACAUGACAAGGUGGUAUCACCUGAAUUUGAAGGUAAUUAAGGCCUGUUGACAUCUGCUAAAACAGUUUCACAGGGUAUGAGAAGCUAGUCAGGUUGGUCUUGAGUUACUGUUAAUCAGAAUUCAAUGGUGGGUUUGAUUUCUACUUCAGAUCAUGAAUGAAGGUGUUUAAGUUUUGAAAGAAAUUGUUGUGCUAUAUUAGUCAAGGAGUUACAUGUAAACACAAAAAUUUGGUUUUACAGAGUUUCUAACCCUCAAGAGGCAAAAUCUUGAGAUUCUGAACCUAGAGAUGGGAAAAGCCGUGAGAAGGGGGGGGGGGGGGGGAGCCUAGGGUAACCAUGAAAGUUCAACGCAGGUGAUGGAAGUCCUGAGAUAACUCAGAGACUUCCAGCAGGGAUUAUGGGUGUAAUAGAAGUCUUGUAUCUCAUUUUAAAGCUGGAACAGUAAACAUCACAAGCAAUCUUCUUUGUUGCUUCUGCCAUGUACACAAGCGCAUUGAGGAUAGAAAUGCGCUUAAUAAGAAUCUAUUUUAUUAUUAUUAUUAUUAUUUAUUAUUAUUAUUAUUUGUUGGCAGUGAUCUUGAAAUGAAAGAUUUAGGUUUAUUUUAAUAGUGAGUUUGCAGAUUUGGUGGCAGCAGUAAUUAAUACAGCUAGUGGAACCCUGUUAAUAUGGUCACCAAGAAUGGGUCCACUUAAAAAAUUGGGCUGUAUUAAUAGGGUGGUAGUAUUACCAUGGCCAGGGUAGGGUCAGAUUUUAUAACCUGAGGGCUGUAAUAACAAAUACAUCAUACAUUGCAUUUGCACUUCUUGAACCACUAAUAAUUACAAAAACUUUUUGAAACUUUCCUGCGGUACUUAAAGCACUUUUAAAAAUCGGUUAUUUAACUGCCACAACUAAAGUGCUUGUGACGUGUCAAUUUCAUUGACCUGGUAAGGUGAGCCUGAUCUUUCGAUUAUCUCGUACUUGUACUGUUUUUAGACUACAGUACACUUGAAAUGUAAGAUAGUCAAAAGAUCAGGCUCACCUUAUUACUAGGUCAAUAAAAUUGACAUGUCACAAGCAUUCUAAUUUUCUACAUUGUGAGUUUAGAAAGAUUUACCGUACUAAUGGGGUAAAAUUGUAAAAGAUUCUACUGUUUGGGUAUUCAAAAUGUGGCUGUUGGCCAUUUAAAUGCAUCAAUAAGGGUUUUUAGAUACAGAUUAUGGCUGCUUUGCUGGGCUUAAAAAAGUGGCUGUAAAAUUGAGGUGACCAUUUUAACGAGGUGGCCAUGAGGUGGGUAUCACGGUAUAAGUGGCAGUAGAAUUCGCGGUAGGCUGAAGACAUGGCUGAAAAAAUAAUGUAAACAAUGCACCAAGUUGCCAAUGAACAGUGUUCUUACCAGACCAUGGCAUUGUGGCAUCGCUGCACUUUUUCGGAAAAUGCCGCUCUCUAUAAUUAUUGUAUAGCCCAGGGGUCCCAAGGGAGCAAAGAAGAAAUCAUUUCCUUACAAUAUAAGCCAAAAUUUUAUUGGUUAUUCGCCUCGUAAGAAAACACCCAUCAUUCUCUGAGAAAGCGGUAUGAGGUAUUUACUCUAACUCAGACCUGUGAAAAUGUUGAGUUAACUCUAUCUAAAAUUGUGACCUGCUUUUCUCCCUCAUGAACCCCUUUUAGCUUCUCUAGUAUGGGUCCUGUGGACCCCAGUGUAGAAAAUCCUGGUAAGAACACUGAAUGAACAUGUUUGUUAAUCUAAAGCGAUCACUAGGCAUUUUCUUUAGAUUUACUUUGCUAUACUUACCUUGGAAAGAAAUCCUAUUGAUGUUCCAAAAAUUUUGUGGAGUACUUGUGACUUUUUGAGAAAGCGUGAGAAUCAGUUGUCAACUAGCUCUUGAGAGCAUGAGAUACGUUAUUGGUACUUAAUUUUGUGGGAACUUAACUUUUAUAAUCAGGAAAAACAUGAAGUUAAGUACCAAUAAAGUAUGUCAUUAAAUUGUGAGACUCUUGACAAGGUCGUGAGAAAAUAUGAGUCUUGUCAUAUAUUUCCAUUCAAAGUCAUGUUGAGCAUUGGUAAGUCUGGUUUUACCACCAUAAAUUUAGAAUUUAAAACUUUCAAUGUUUUGAAAACUAGGAUGCCCUUUAUAACAGCUAGUAUGGAGCACUCCAAACAAUGCAAUUCCUUUUUUAUGGCAAAAAAAAUAAAUUGACUUUUAUCCAAAAAAAAAAAUACUAGCCCUGAUCCUAAACCCGCUAGCAAUACUGCAAAUUAGGGCAGCUAAACCUUAAGUUAGUUCUUGAAAGCUACAUGUAUGAAAUCAAUGCAGUUGGACCUCUCCUCAAUAGCAACCGUGGGGACAAAAGAAAGUGGCAACUGUAGAGAGAUGCCCAUUUUAUAGAGGUUCAAACGAGUCCAUGUAUGGACUAUCCGCCAAAAAAGUGACUGUUGUGGGGAGGUGGUCAUUGAGGAGAAAUGGCCAUUUGAGGAGGUUUGACUGCAUGCUGAAUAUCAAACAUAUUAUUUGCUUGUUGUCAGUUUUGAAGAUGGACAUAUUAAUCUAGUAAUAUUAACAAAACAGCGAAGAACAAAGCAACUUGAGUAUUACUGAUAUUUACAACCGUCAAGCCUUCUUCUUCGAGGCAUUAAUCUAGGUUCUCUAAUUUAAUAUUUCCAUCUUUCUUAGACCCUUCUUAUGGAAAAUAAUGUAUGUUAAGGAUAACUAAUACUUAUAUUCUUCUUAUAUGUCAUCUUUGUUUUCUUAAUAAAAUAUUAUUUAUUAAGAUAAAAAUAGAGGUUAAGCGCAAUAUAUAUAUUUUUUUGUUUAGGAAUUUUUAGAAGCAAUUCUCUGUUUACUGGAGCAAACUGCCGUAAAGCUGUGAAUGAGGGUCGUGCUGAUUUCACACCCAUAUUUUUGAGUGAGAUUCCACUUUUAUUUCAUCGGAAAAUAAUUGAUCUAGAUGUGGCCCUGAUACAAGUCAGUCCUCCUGACAAACAUGGAUUUUGCACCCUUGGACCAAGUGUCGACUGUACACGAGCUGCCAUACAGAAUGCUAAGUACAUUAUAGGUAAGAUGGUCUUGAAAUCAGAACGCAAGUAGCUUUGUGUUUCAAGUCUAUAGAUUGGUCACAUGGUUUUACUGGCUGUUCUUCCAUGUGUUGUGAUUUGUCGGUCAAGGAUGGUCACCAAGUUUUAAAAGGCACCAUAGAUCUUGAUUGCUCAUGGUGGAUGAAGACCUGGCGGAGUACAAAUUACCCUUCGGGAAUCCCCACAGACCUUUUUUCUUUCCUCCCUGGAUUGGGAUGAGAGGUGAUUUAUUUCAAAUUGCUUUAAUUUGUCCACAUUAACCCCUGCACCGAUGGGCAAUAAGUAUGAUGUGUUAUACUUAUACAUUGUACAUAUACAGGAUUAUGCAAUAAAAAUCAUGAUUUCAAAUCAUUAUCAUAUAACUGACAAGGAUGCAAUACACAUUUAUGUAUUAUCUACAUUUAAAGGUCUUAUUGAUUUGCUAAUCCUUUGAACUUGCAUGACUCUACCUCCAAAAUAUCAUGGGUCUCUGUAUUCCUGUAUGGAACCCAUCAAUGUUCUCAAAAUUUGAGGAAAAUAACUAUUGUACAAUAGCUGGCAGCGGUAGCAGGUUCUUCACUAGUGACAAUUUGUGGGGUGGUAAUUAAAUUUCCACAGUUAAGAAACGUGUUUGUUUUGUAGGUGGCUUUUUAGUAUUGUUGAUUCAUUAUUCUUGGUUAAUUAGGACUUGUAAACCCCCGCUGUCCACGCACACAUGGCCCAGGAGGAAUUCAUCAGUCUCAUCUUGAUGUGCUUUGUGUACAAGAGUUUAAACUUCCAGAACUUAAAGUUAAACCAGAGUCACCAGAGGAGGCUAAAAUUGGUCAAUUUAUUGCUGAGAAUCUUGUGGAUGAUGGUGCUACUCUCCAAAUGGGUCAGUUUACAUAUUAUUAUUAUUAUUAAUUUUUUAUGCCAUACAAAGGUAAGGCAAAGUCACCAUCUAAUCAUAAUCUGUACAAUAUCUAACAAUGCAUUUGAAAUACACAGAAUUGUUUUAGCUCAUUGUUGUCCACGAAAAUGUAAAACUCGGAGACAGUUCCUCUGAAUAAUGAGAGGCUCUCACUUGUUAACACAAAAUGUGCCGAGAAAUACUGCGGCAAGAAAAAAUAAGCAAUGACUUCAUUUUGUUACUCUCACUGACUGGCAACUCCUAUGUAAUUCUAACUGAUCGUAAAAAUUUUUCAUCUCCUUAAUACCCGUUCCUGACUUUUUAUACCAUUCUAUGGCACAACCACGAAAUUAUGACCAAAUCUUUAAAGGGCUUACAGUUACCCACGUGACCCUUAACGUGGCGUAUCGUAGGCUUGAUAGCUUAGGUCCAACAACCUUAACAGAAAUAGCUGAGUGCUGGGAGACAUACCGUCCUGUAAGCAAGUGUGCACGGUACGUACACUGUACAGGGUGCAAAGAAAGUCAUUUUACAGCCUGCCAUUCGGGCAAGCUGUAGCUAGCAUGUACUAGCCCACAAGUCAUUUCAACUAGCCCCAAAACCCUUUUUGAUUAGCAGGAUUGAUUACAAUCCUUCUGUAAUUUGAAUUUCCCCAAAGAACAGCAAUUGCCCGUCGGGCAAGGUAAGAACAAAAAUCACUAGCCCGAUAGCAAAAUCCACUAACCCCGGGCUAUCGGACACGACUUCCUUUGCACGCUGCUGUACCAGAAAAAUGUUGAAGACAAGUUUCAAAAAAAAGGAAAACUAAAAUGAGUAAAGAAAAUUUUGAAAACAGUGCAGUUGCCCACGUAACUCUGCUGUAACUUUUUUUAAAACAACAUGUAUGUCCCUUGUUUUCCCCGAUUUUGCCUUAUGUAAAAUUCGUAACUGCUGCUUGCCGAUCCUAAGACCGAGAGGUAUGAUUACCUCACCAUAAAUUUAAUCAAGUCACCCGCGUUAAAACGAUGUGAGAGACGGGGUGGGAUUAAUCUGGAAAACUGUGGGCACGCACCUCUGGUAAUUUUUGGUUACACCCCUGACUUCGUGAAUGUUGACAUACAACUCACAAGCUUAUACCAGGAUCGGCAACUGACCGUUAAACUCUUCUUCUGAUUCUUAUUUUCCUUCACCUGUAUUAGGCAUUGGUUCCAUACCCGAUGCGUGUCUGAGCCGUCUAAUGGACCACAAAGACCUUGGAAUUCACUCCGAGAUGUUUAGCGAUGGCGUGGUUCCUUUGGUUGAGAGAGGAGCUGUAACCAAUGCUACAAAGAAAGUGUUGCCCGGACGAUGUGUGGGAAGUUUUGUCAUCGGAACGGAGAAAGUUUUUGAGUUUAUUGAUCAAAACCCUUUUGUUGGUAAGUUGCUGACACUGUAUUCAAUUUAUCUGGUGUGAGUACGUUGUCUUCAAAAUUUGUCUGAACAGGAUUUGACCAUGGUCUCGAAAGCAUCCAAUUCAGGCGUAUUUUUUUUGGGUUGCGGCCGAACAGUGCUUGUUUGUUUGUAAUACCCUGGCUAUCACCUUUGAUUUAUCACUGAGGAAGACAAGUGAAGAGAAGAAUCAACAUCCCUUGGGGUACUUUUUACAACUGAACAAUGCAGUUACGUGAAAACUCCCGGGCAUUCGCCCACCCGAGGAAACACGCUUGCACUGGACUGAUGGUAAACAGUGGUUAAUAAUAAUUCUAAUAAUAUUCUAUUUGCAGAUGGAAAACGAAAAUGAAUUGCACUGUUAGACAAAAUUAUCGUGUCAAGCUAUAGAUAGAUCAACAUGAUCCGAAGUGGAAUUUUACUCCAAAAACAUGGAGAUUUGGAACGCUGUAUAAACUUUAUCACCCAAACUACGAAACCAAAAAGGAAAGUGCAAGCUACGCGUAGAUUCUGUUAACAGCUGGUGGUGGAACCUUAGCAAAACCUCCUUCCAGCGGUCGGGGUUGGGAUGAAAGAGAUAUUCUUGGAGCAAAAAAAAAAAAAAAAAAACAAGAAAAACUAUAAUAAUAAUAAUAUAAAAAUCGAUCUUUAUGUUUUUCAGUUAUGUUGGAUGUUGGGUUUGUGAACUUAGUGUCAAUAAUCAGUCAGAACCCCAAGGUCACGGCAAUAAAUUCAUGCAUUGAAGUGGACCUUACUGGACAAGUUGUCUCGGACUCCAUUGGAACAAGACUCUAUUCAGGUGUGUCUACCCUGUAUCGUAAGGGAAGUUGUGGUUGAAUCGUGCCACCGAGGCCUUCAGUUCCUGACCCUGUUUCAGAGGAGAGACUUUAUCCUAUGACCUUAAUUUAUUUCUUUUCGCAUACAGAAUUAAGUAUCUUUUUUAAAAAAAACUGACAUCUUGGAAUGAGAUUUUUUGGAGGAAACAUUUUUGGUACCGCAAAUGUAUAUCUUUUUUGGGCAACCUUUACACUCUUUUAAAGGCUUCCGGUCCAAAAAGACGUCCUGUUCAAGAUCCUAAAUUUUUAUUACGCCCACCUUGGAACAGAUUCCAAGCUUUAACACCUCCUGUCACAUGAAAGCUCAAUACCCACGGCAAGGAGUUUCAGUUGAAUGGUCACAACAUGUCAUGUGCCUCUGACAAAGAGCUUGCGCUUAAAAAUUUAGCCUUUGAAUCUCAUUACGUAGGUUGCUGUGUUCACGCUAUGGUUUCCACUGAUAAAACUUAAAUUCUGUGUUUCACAACACAAAGCAGGCAUCAAUAGAGUUUCGUUUGAAAUUACUAUCCGAGGCUUCUUAUCACUUCAAUAUCUCAUCAGUUCAUUUUGGCGACCAUACCCUUAUAUAGUUUCUGAACUUUCUUUACUUUUGUUUUUUCUUUUCUUUAUGAUCAGGUGUUGGAGGUCAGGUGGACUUUUUACGAGGUGCUGCACUUGGUUCAGAUGGUCUGGGAAAACCAAUCUUAGCGCUCAAUUCCGUCACCAAAAGAGGAGAGUCGAAGAUUGUACCUUUCUUAAAACAAGGUAUACUAACGCUUGUUGUAGUCUCAGUCUGAACCGAAAUGUGUGGAAAUUUACCGCAGACAAUUGAUACUCGGUUAAAUUUUCUGUACCUCAGUUUUAAGGCAUCACGUUUUUGUUUAUGUGGGGAAGAGUUUUCGCUUUAGCGAGCGUUUAAAUGAGAAAAAAAGUUGAAGCUGUAAACAGCACUCGCGCAUGCUCUUAUUCUCUCGUCUUGGCCGAGUUGGCCCGUGUGGUCGAGCCAAAGUGUUCGGAGAAAAGUUAGCCUGAUAAUGAGUGUGAUCUUACCAGUGAAAAAAGGGUGACGCGGCAAAGAGGGUCACCUUUCUACUAGCCGAGUCAACUUUGUUCUUCUCAAGUAAACGGUUGACCAAGUUUUGUAAGGAAAUGUUGGAAAAGUUGGCUCGCCCGCCCAGGGGAACUUGUGCAGGCGAGUCACCCUUCUACCCGGGCGACAUGUUUUCCCCAAUAGACGGAGCCUAGGUGCUGGACUUGGGAAAGAGGACCGACUUUGAGUUGUACUUUGAAAAUAAACAUGCCGAACUCACACUGUUUUCCAUCAAGUUAGUUAUUUAUUUUUACUUUUAUUUUAAAUAUAUUUUUGGUGCAGCGAGUUAAAAACACUUAUAAUCUUCUUUUGUUAGGUGGUGGUGUAGUAACUACUCGUGCUCAUGUGCAUUACAUCGUGACUGAGUAUGGGAUUGCCUACUUGUUCGGCAAGAACAUUCGUCAACGAGCUCAUGAACUGAUACGAAUCGCCCAUCCUGAUCACAGAGAAGCUUUGGAAGCUGCUGCCUUUGAACGGCUUAAAUGCAUGCCCUCACCUGAUUAA